AUGGCUAAGCGAAAUCUAAAAUGCAUUGACUUAAAUAGAAAAAUCGAACUCAACUAUGCAAAGGACAACCCUACGCAUGGUGUUCGAGUUAUUGCAGCUAAAUAUGGUAUCGGGAAAACUCAGGUAUCGAAAAUUUUGCAGAAUAAGGCAACCAUUCUCGCGAGCUAUGAAAACAACAAUGGUCAUAUCAAACUUAAGAGAAUCAAAACGGGAAAGUAUGCCAAUGUAAACGAUGCUGUUUGGGAUUGGUAUCAAAUGUGCCGUAAUUUUAACAUACCCAUCUCUGGUACUAUGAUACAAGAGGAAGUGAUGAUCAUUGCUGAAAGACUAGGUUUGAAUGAAUUCACAGGAUCAAAUGGAUGGCUUGAGAAAUUCAAGAGACAGCAUAACAUCGGUCAGAGGGCAGUGUCAGGAGAGGAAGCUGGAGUGAACCCAGAGACGGUAGAAAGCUGGAAAGAAAGGGCCAGAGAAAUCACUAGAGGGUGGGAUGCUAAGAACGUUUGGAAUGUGGACGAAACUGGUUGCUUAUGGAGAGGACUUCCAGAGAAAAGCUUGAAUGAACGAGGCAUGCGUUGUAGUGGCGGGAAAAAGUCAAAACAAAGGAACACUUGGGCAUUCUUUGUUAAUGCAGCGGGAGAGAAUGAACCUCCAAUAGUUAUAGGUCGGUCUGAGAACCCGCGCUGUUUUAAGAAUCUACAGAACAAGCAGGUAUUUUGCAAACGACAAAGCAUGGAUAAGAACUGA